CUUUUCUGCACUCAGUUGCUGAAGGGGAUUUCACAUAAACCUAUAAAACAAGAAUAGCUUCUUAGUAUGUGAUUCAUCAUUCCUUGUACGAGAGAACUUCUAUUUCCUAAUUCCUGUAUAUAAUUAUAUAUCGGGGUAGCAAGCAAUCUGCGCAUAACAGAAAGCAGGAACCAUCACUGGUACAAUUAACAAAAGCAUUUGAUAAAUGGUAGGAGGCAAUCAUGAUGAGUUAGUAAGGUCAAUGAGCCAGGUGUUGUAUAGCUUAAGGUUUGAGCUAUCAUCUUCAUGCUGCAUUUACAGAGUUCCUAAGCGAUUAAGGCGUGUAAGUGAAAAUGCCUACACACCUCAGGUAGUCUCUAUAGGCCCCCUUCACCAUGGUAAGGAAAGCCUAAAGCCCAUGGAAGAGCUCAAAAAUAGGUACCUCAAAGUUUUUCUAAGUCGGACCCAGUUAACUGUGGAGGCUUUAAUAGCAGUAAUAAGGGAGAAAGAAGUAGCUCUGCGCAGCUGUUAUGCAGAGACAAUUGAGUUUACUAGUGAUGAAUUUGUGAGAAUCAUUCUAGUAGAUGCCGUCUUCAUCAUUGAGGUCUUAUUAAGGUUCCAAGACCAUAAUUGUCGAGAAGAUAAUGACCGCAUAUUUAGCAAACCAUAUAUGUUACAGGAUGUCUGGCCUGACAUGCGGAUGCUUGAAAAUCAGCUGCCCUUCUUUAUUCUUGACCAUCUUUUCGAACCACACAAGGAUACUCUCUCUGGGGGGAAGUCAAUAAUAGAUCUCUCUCACCAUUUCUUCAAAACUCUAAUGCAUAUAGAGGUAGCAGAAGAAACUUUGAGGACAAUAGAUCCUCAUGAAGUAGUACAUUUUGUUGAUUUCGUAAGAAAAUUAUAUCCACUACCACCAUGGAGAUCAGAAAAUCGACGGCCACCUGAAACCCUGGCCACACCAAGCAUGACACAGCUAUCCCGCGCAGGGGUCAAGUUUGAGGUGGGAUCCAACACAAAUAUGUUUCAAGUUAAGUUCAAACAUGGGACACUAGAAAUGCCGAAACUCACGAUAAGUGAUCAGACAGAGGUAACAAUCACAAAUCUCCUGGCCUUUGAACAAAGCCAAUGCAAGGACGAAGAGAAGUACAUAAAUGACUAUUUCGUCUUCCUGAACUGUCUUGUAAACACCCAUCAGGAUGUUGCCUUGCUUGUCAAGUCUGGUAUUCUUGACAAUAAGCUAGGUGACAACAAAAAAGGGUUUACUCUGAUCAAGAACCUUGUCGAUGGAGUCGUGGACAACAAGGACUAUUUCUACUUCAUCAAUCUUUGUGAUGACCUGAACAAGUACUACACUAUGGGGCGGCACCAAUUGAAAGAAUACCUGGUCACACAUUUUUUAUACUCACCCUGGGCAACUAAAGAAAUCAUUGCUGCUGUUAUUUUCCUCUUCCUCACUCUCAUACAGACUAUGUUCUCUAUUAUGUCUUAUUCUCACGACCUGAAGAGUAAAAAUUAGAGAAAUCUAAUAGUUGGCUGUUGAUGCUAGCUAUUUCCUUGUUCAGGGGUGUGUCCCUGUUCUUGGUUUUUUUUUUUGGUAGAACCCUGUUAUC